AGCGGAUGCCCCAACUGCUUUCUGAAUAAUUUGGAUUACACGAGAACGUUUCCUCGGACGAGAGGCGGUGAAUGAUGUCUCCCACUUCUAUCGGAGUUGCGUUUUUAGUAGUUCUGCAGGUGUGCUCAGGAUCCCGUCUGCGCCAGGAGGACUCUCCACCCCGGAUAGUGGAGCACCCUUCUGACCUGAUUGUGUCCAAGGGGGAGCCUGCCACCCUUAACUGCAAGGCAGAGGGCCGGCCCACCCCAACAGUGGAGUGGUACAAGGAUGGAGAGCGGGUGGAAACGGACCGGGACAAUCCACGUUCCCAGCGCAUGCUGCUGCCCAGCGGCUCGCUUUUCUUCCUACGCAUCGUCCAUGGUCGACGGAGCAAGCCGGAUGAGGGCUCUUAUGUUUGUGUCGCCCGCAACUACCUGGGAGAGGCAGUGAGCCACAAUGCCUCGCUGGAAGUAGCCAUACUGCGUGAUGAUUUCAGACAGAACCCUGCAGAUGUGAUCGUCGCAGCAGGUGAGCCAGCAGUCCUGGAGUGCCAGCCCCCACGUGGGCAUCCUGAGCCCAGCAUCUCAUGGAAGAAAGAUGGAACCAACAUAGAUGACCGGGAUGAGAGGAUCACUAUACGUGGAGGGAAGCUAAUGAUCACCAAUGCCAGGAAGAGUGAUGCUGGGAAAUAUGUGUGCGUGGGCACCAACAUGGUCGGUGAACGGGAAAGUGAAAUAGCUGAACUUACUGUACUGGAGCGUCCCAGCUUCGUGCGUCGCCCUGGCAGCCAGGUGGUGUUGGUCGACCAGAGUGUAGAGUUUAGGUGCGAAGCCCGCGGUGACCCAGUUCCCACCGUACGCUGGAGGAAAGAGGAUGGAGACCUGCCGAAGGGAAGAUAUGAGAUCCGAGAGGACCACACUCUAAAGAUCCGUCGACUGAUCUCAGCUGAUGUGGGUUCCUACACCUGCGUCGCGGAGAACAUGGUGGGCAAGGCCGAGGCAUCAGCGACGCUCACCGUCCAUGUGCCCCCAGCCUUUGUGGUGAGACCCAGAAACCAGGUGGUGGGUGUUGGCAGAACCGUCACUUUCCAGUGUGAGGCCACUGGAAACCCUCAGCCAGCCAUCUUUUGGCAACGAGAGGGCAGUCAGAACCUGCUGUUCUCCUACCAGCCUCCCCAACCAUCUAGCCGUUUCUCCGUGUCCCAGACCGGGGACCUGACCAUCACUGACGCCGAGCGUUCAGACGUAGGCUACUACAGCUGCCAGGCCCUCAAUAUCGCUGGCAGCGUCAUCACUAAAGCUCUGCUAGAGGUCACCGAUGUCGUAUCAGACCGCCCCCCGCCAGUUGUCCGUCAGGGCCCGACCAAUCAGACGGUGGCGGUGGAUGGCACGGUGGUGUUGAGCUGUCUGGCGUCGGGUAACCCCACACCCACCAUCCUCUGGAGGAAAGACGGGGUACUGGUGUCCACGCAUGACUCGAGGGUCAAACAGCUGGACACGGGGGCACUGCAGAUACGCUAUGCAAAGCUUGGUGACACUGGCAUGUACACCUGUAUUGCCUCCACCCCUAGUGGCGAGGCAUCAUGGAAAGCUUAUCUGGAGGUCCAAGAAUUUGGUGUCCCAGUGCAGCCACAAAGGCCUACCGACCCAAACCUGAUCCCCAGCGCCCCCUCCAAACCUGAGGUCACUGACGUCAGUCGGACCUCUGUCACCCUCUCCUGGAAGCCCAAUCUUAAUGCUGGAGCCACUCCCACCUCUUAUAUCAUAGAAGCUUUCAGUCAUGCAUCAGGGAGCAGCUGGCAGACUCUAGCAGAGCAUGUAAAGACUGAGUCAUAUGUACUGAAGGGUCUGAAGCCAAGUGCCGUCUACCUCUUUUUAGUACGGGCAGCCAAUGCCUAUGGGCUGAGUGACCCCAGCCCUAUCACUGAUGCUGUGAAAACACAAGAUAUUCCCCCCACCAGCCAGGGCGUGGAUCACCGUCAGAUCCAGAGGGAGUUGGGUGAAGUGGUCAUCCACCUGCACAACCCCACUAUCCUUUCCUCCUCCUCAGUCCGCGUGCAGUGGACGGUAGAGCAGCAGUCUCAGUACAUCCAGGGUUACAAGGUGAUGUACCGUCCAUCACCAGAGGGGCUUCAGAGAAGCGAAUGGGCCGUGUUUGAGGUCCGCACUCCCGGGGAGGACAGUGCUGUGGUGCCACAGCUGCGGAAGGGGGUCACCUACGAGUUCAAAGUCCGGCCCUUCUUCGACGAAUUCCAGGGAACUGACAGUGACGUUAAAAUUGGCAAGACCCUGGAGGAAGCCCCCAGUGCCCCUCCUCGUGAUGUUACAGUGGCAGAGAGCGGGGACAAUGGGACUGCCGUCGUGGUCUCCUGGCAACCCCCUCCGGAGGCGGAGCAGAAUGGAGUUGUCCAGGAGUACAAGAUCUGGUGCUUGGGGAACGAGAGCAGGUACCAUAUUAACCGUACAGUAGAUGGGUCAACUUUCUCAUUGGUGAUCCCCAGCCUGGCCCCUGGGAUCCGCUACAGUGUUGAGGUAGCUGCAAGUACCGGCGCUGGCCCAGGAGUGAAGAGCGACAUCACCUUUUUCCAGCUCGACGCAUCCGGCCGCAUGACAGAGGGGGUGGAGGACCAGCAGAAUCCCUUAUCCCAGCAGAUAUCCGACGUUGUCAAACAGCCGGCGUUUAUAGCAGGAAUAGGAGCCGCCUGCUGGAUCAUCCUCAUGGUCUUCAGCAUCUGGCUGUACAGACACCGCAAGAAAAGGAGUGGGCUCUCCAGUAGUUAUGCAGGCAUACGCAAAGUGCCUUCCUUUACCUUCACGCCAACAGUGGCUUAUCAGAGAGGUGGGGAAGCCGUCAGCAGUGCUGGAAGGCCUGGAUUACUGAACAUUGGUGAAUCCGCCACUCAGCCUUGGCUGGCUGACACGUGGCCAAACUCGUGCUCCAACCACAACGACUGCAGCAUCAACUGCUGCACCGCAGGCAACGGCAACAGCGACAGCAACCUGGCAACGUACAGCCGCCCAGCCGACUGCAUCGCCAAUUACAACAACCAGAUGGAAAACAAGCAGACCAACCUGAUGGUCCCAGAGUCCGGCGUCUAUGGAGAUGUAGACCUUUCCAACAAGAUCAAUGAGAUGAAGACCUUCAACAGCCCCAACCUGAAGGACGGCCGCUUCGUGGGGCCAGGGGGCCAGCCUACACCCUACGCCACCACCCAGCUCAUCCAGUCUGCCAUCAUGGGCAACAACAUGAACACAGACAGAGGCACCGGGGGGAGUGGAGGAGGAGUAGGGGGUGGAGGGGAGAUGAAUGAGAAACAUGGCUGGAAGCCUACCUCAGCCCAGCAGCAGAAACAGCAGGAAAUGGGCUCCCAGCUCCAGUACAACAUUAUGGAGCAAAACAAGUUGAACAAGGACCGCUACAGAGGAGGUGACAACCCAAUGCCAGCCACAAUCCCCUACAACCAUGCCCAUGACAGCCACACUGGGGGCUCCUACAACAGCUCCGACCGAGGCAGCAGCAGCACCUCCGGGAGUCAGGGUCAGAAGAAAGGAGUGCGCACCCCCAAACUACCCAAACAGAGUACAAUGAACUGGGCCGACCUUCUGCCUCCUCCGCCUGCAAAUCCACCCCCAUGUCGGAACACAGAGGAGUACUCUCUAUCAAUGGAUGAAAGCUAUGACCCAGACAUGCAGUGCCCCGUGCCCCCCUCCCGCAUGUACCUGCAGCCAGACGAACUGGAAGAGGAGGAGAUGGAGAGGGGGCCCACUCCCCCUGUCCGAGGCGCGGCAUCCUCCCCUGCUGCAGUCUCCUACAGUCACCAGUCCACAGCCACCCUCACCCCCUCACCACAAGAGGAAAUGCAGCCCAUGCUCCAGGAACCACCAGACAGCCACGACCGCAGACGCCAUGCUGUGAGCCCCCCACCCUCCCAAAGGCCCAUGUCUCCCUCACAUAUGUAUGGCUACAUCUCCAGCCCGCUGGCCCUAGACACAGAUGGCAUGGAGGAGGAAGAGGAGGAGAUGUUAGAGGAAGAGGAGGGUGACGACACAGACGCAGAGGUGGCCAAGGUGCACCACCACCACACCCACCCUCACCAGCACCCCCAUCAUCCCCAGAUGCACCCACGGAGGCUGCUACUGCGGGGCCUUGAGCAGACACCUGCAUCCAGCAUGGGUGACCUGGAGAGCUCCGUUACAGGCUCCAUGAUCAAUGGCUGGGGCUCAGCCUCUGAGGAGGAUAACGUCUCAUCGGGGAGGUCCAGCGCCGUCAGCUCGUCAGACGGAUCCUUCUUCACAGAUGCUGACUUUGCCCAAGCCGUUGCCGCAGCUGCAGAAUACACAGGGCUCAAAGUUGCCAAGUAUCCCAACACGCCGGGACAGGAAUUGGGUGGCGCCUCAGCACGAAAAUACCAAAUGACACCAUCAAGCCACCGUCCCAGCAGUCCCGUGUCUACAGACAGUAACAUGAGCACAGCAGUUGUACAGAGAAGGCCUCCCAAGAAGCAGAAACAGCAUCCUGUCGGCCAACCAGUGAGCCAGCGACGCGAUGCAUACAACGAUGAUCUACCGCCUCCCCCUAUUCCACCUCCAGCGGUGCUUAAGUCCCCGACACACCCCUCCAAGGCCGCCCUGGAGGGCCGGGGAGUGAUGUCCCCGAAGGCGAGUGAGGGUAAGGACAAGAGAGGAGGGUCAGGAGGCUAUCGGACCAGAGAUGGCUCAGACACCAGAACCAGCUCAUCUGAACGUAGGGAGGCUCAGGAGAGGCAGAAGACCGGAGGGAAGGGAAAUAAACAUGACGGCAGCACUGUCAACAAAGCACGCCAGCAUCCAGGUUCAGAGGACAUUAUGCCCUAUAGCCGGCCACAAUUCCCCACAGUCAACAAUCCCCGAGACCCGAGCUCCUCCAGCUCCAUGUCCUCCCGGGGUUCAGGGGGCCGGCGGAGAGGAGAGGGGGGCCCAGGAGGCCGCCGCAACCUUGCAGACACGGGCCACAACACUAUAGGGGCCUUCCAACCAGGAGAAGAAGAGCUAGAGAUGGUGGAAAGCUGAAGAGUGGACAGGAGCAACAGGAGGAACUAUCCUGAUUUUUUUUGUUUUGUUUUGUUUUUUAAAUUUUCCAAGAGUGGAGCGCCAUUUGAUCUCUUACAUUUUA